AUGGAAAUGCAUGUGCCACCUGUGCUCGUGCCAAGUGCCGUUGCGUCCCCCGGAGUGGUGGUGGCGGCCGCUGUGAAAGGUGAGUGGACCAACACCGUGCGGAGGAACACUAUCCAGGCAGUGGGAUGGGAACUCGUUCGGAAUGUAUUCGAGUCUGAUAUUAUUCACAGAUGUCAUCGUUUGAAUAAAGAAUGCCGCGUUCCUCGGGGACGUCGAAAGACCCAGCCUAAGACCUUGUCCAGGUCGGUUCAGCUGGAACGGAAAAUGGAUAGCUUGAUGUCGCUGCUGACCUCCUCCGGCGAUCGGACGGAUCUGCUAACGCUGGUUCGGGGACAACCUGAGGUGCAGGGGAUGGGGCAAACUGAGGUCGAAAUAGAAAGAGAAGACGAAGAAACAUUAGCAAGUGAAGAAGAGUCUCUGCACGCUUUUCGGACCCAGCGGCUGCAGUUCCUCCCCCUGAUCCACAUACCAGCCACAAUAACCGCUGGUGAUCUGAAACGACAGUCACCAUUUCUGUGGCGUUGUAUUUCUGCUGUGGAAAUCUUCGAGCUGGGCCUCAACAAGCCCGCACCUCCGGAUCUUAGUAUGACAGUCUCGAACUCCAAUGCCAUCCCACAUCCGGCAAAGCGAUUGAGCAUCGAAUUGACAGACCUCGUACAGAAUCGCGCAGUUCUUGGGUCGAAUGAACCACUGCAAUGGACCCCGCAUAUGAAGCAAUGUCUUGAUAUUUUAGCGGACAGUGAAGAAUCGCCUGGUGAUGGCGUGCUAGUCCAGCUCACACGUACCCGACUUCUCGUGGACCAGAUUUUUCAAGGCCCCUGGAGUGAGGGUCUGUAUGGCCUCAAUUCGGCGCAAACCCUAGCCGCCUUCCAUCUCAAGGCACUCCAGUCACGGUUGGAGACGAUCAAGGCUGAGAUUCCCUUUCAACUGGCUGACAACAAACCUAUUCUCUUUCAUUUGUACGACACUGAGCUUAGUCUCUAUGAAGUUGCCCUAGUCAAGCCCCUUGCAGACGAGGAAUUCAGCCCCCAGCGACUUGAUCACCUCUACGCCUGUCUCCACGUGGUGAAACAGUUUUUUGAUCUAUUUUUCACAAUCCCUCCAGCUGGAUACACGUCCCUGGCGCUCCCUUAUCUUACACAGGUGUCGCACUGCCUGGUGACCCUCUUCCGCCUAUCUACUUUGGACUAUCCGGGAUGGGACAAGAGCACGGUAAAAAGCACGGCGGACAUACUUGUCAUUGCGGAGCAGAUUGCCACACGCAUGGGCCAGGUGGCGGAUGCUGUUGGGAUGCGCAGUGAGGGCGCGUAUGGCGAUCCGUUCAGUAAAUUGGGGAUGAUGAUGCAGAAGCUUCGGAGUGAGUGGGCAGUACGAUUACCAGAGUGCCCGGAGGUGGUUGCAGACCAAAGCUCAGGCGAACCAUUCUGGUCGAGCAUCGAGAUGGGUGAUCUGGAUUGCUUUAUGAAUUGGUCAGAGAUGGGGUGGGUGAUGGAAGGGGCUGUGGCCGGGGGAUUCAUACAAUGA